AUGGCGCAAUUCCUCUCCCCGGUGCGCGCCGAUUCCCUUCUCAAGUUCCAGAACUCGUCGCCGACUUUAGUACUCGGCUACGGAGAUCGGCGGCGGAGCUCGGGGGAGGCCACUAGGCUCGGGGCCGAUCGGCGCCGCCGCGUGCGGAGAUGCGUCAAGGUCGCCGCGGCGGCGGCGGCGGGGAGGAGGGGAUCGAGCUCGUCGGAUGAUGUCGCCGAUGAUUACUAUGCAGUCCUUGGAGUGAUGCCAGAUGCCACCCCGCAACAAAUAAAGAAAGCUUACUACAAUUGCAUGAAAGCAUGCCAUCCGGACUUUAGUGGGAAUGAUCCGGAUGUGACUAACUUCUGUAUGUUCGUCAACGAGGUCUAUACGGUGCUCAGUGACCCUAUGCAGCGUAUGGUGUACGAUGAAAUUCAUGGUUAUGCGGCAACUGCUAUCAACCCUUUCUUGGAUGACAGUCCUCCCAAGGAUCACACAUUUGUUGAUGAGUUUUGCUGCAUAGGUUGUAAAAAUUGUGCUAAUUUGGCUCCUGAUGUGUUCCGAAUCGAGGAAGACUUUGGAAGAGCUAGAGUUUAUUGCCAAUCAGGGAAUCCAGAUCUAGUUCAACAAGCUAUUGAUAGUUGCCCAGUUGAUUGCAUUCACUGGACUUCUGCUGCACAACUUUCGCUCCUUGAAGAUGAAAUGCGCAGAGUGGAGAGAGUAAAUGUUGGCCUAAUGCUUGCGGGCAUGGGAGGCUCAUCUAUUGAUGUAUUUCGCAUGGCAAGUUCGCGGUGGGAAAAGCGACAAGCAAAAGUCUUGGAAAAGGUUAGGAUUCGAAUGAUGAAGAAAGAUUCUGAUACAAGUGGGUCUUGGAGUGAUGUUUGGAGAAAGUCGAGAAGUUACGAAAAUACAGAAGAGGGAGCAAAGGAGAGAGCAAAGAGAGCUGCAGCAGCAGCAAGAAGGUGGAGAGAGUACUCGAGGAGAGGAGCAGAUAGACCUCCGACAUUCAAACUUCCAGAGGCGAUGUCCAGCAAAGAACAAUGAAAGGAGGAAAUUACUCUGGGUCAGCAUUUCUUGCCUAUUGAUCUGACUCAAAAUUUUUUUUUUUCCCCGUUUCAUGUUAUAUUAUAUUUGUAAAUCCAGUAUAAAUCAGAUGAUAAUUUUACAUGGGGCCUCAGGAAGGUCACUACCCUCUUUAAUUUGUAAUAUAUGUACAUACUGUACCACUUCGAUUAUUUUGAUUGAUAUAGGGAAUUAUUCUCCAUAUUUUAAGAGUCA